AUGGAGGUCGAGGCUCAGACCCAAGCCUCGCGUCCACCUGUAGUUCGUUCACCUGAGAGUUUGCGUCAACGUCAACGAGAUCGAUUGUCCCCUAGAGGCCGUUUUGCGACACCUAAUACUAUACCUACAACCAUUACAGAGAUCGAAAGGCACCAUAAUAAUAUCGUACCAUCAUUGUCAGCCCCAAAAUCGAGGGUCACUGGAAAGAGAAGCCCGAACCAACUGAAGAAGCCGAUGCAGGAGAGUUCGCGCAAUGAAAAUAAUGUUUACCGUCUGGCUAAGAGAGAGGUAGAAGAUGGGAAAGGCGGCAUCACUCCAGACGGAGGUUCUGCUGGUAGGGAAGGUAGACAAUUUACCGUUGCCAAGGUUGGAAAUGGUGGAAAGAUAUACUUACGCCCGUCGAUACGCCCGGCAAACCAACGAUAUCCUCAACCAUCGUUCGCCUUUCCAACAACACCGCCAGAUACUGCUGGACCUGAUGCUGCAGCGUUUCGUAGAGAGGAGGAAGAUUUGAGUCACCGUGGUAGUCUUUGGUCCCCGUCGAAGUCGCCAUCGAGCCUGACGCAGCGAAUUCAUGGCGCAGCCGGAAUCAAAACAGGACGCGGAAGAGCACAAUCGUACUCGACUGUUGACGAUCAACACGCCCCAGUGACCGACAAGGACGUUGGAGCUUUUAAAGUUAUCAUCGAGAGGCCGGGGACUGGUACUGCUGCCCAAAAGCUUGACUUUUUUCGAGGUACUCCUGCUCUAGACGUUAAUAUUCCGUCAUACAAGUUGGGAAAACCACGAUUCAGCAUGCUCGGCACCCCUUUUCUUGGAGGUUCUUCCAAUACAACAAAUAAUGAUGAUGUGCGCUCUAGUGUAUUUUCAAGCAGAGAAACGUCACAAAUGGAUCCGGCUUCCCAAUGCCAUACGCGAAAUCUUUCUCGGCGCCAUUCUGAUGCAUCUCCACAGUCUCGUGCUGUCAAUGGCCUACCAAGUCCCAAUGACCAAUCGCGCCCAAUACCAUCGCCAAGAAUUGCUACGUCGUCUAGAGCCAUUGAACCUGAGAUGUUCGAUGCUCUCACUUUCAAGCCGGCUUGCGAUCACCCAUCUAUUGUCCGCUAUGGCGAAAGCGGAGGUAUUAGAGCGGCGACUCCAGCUCGUCUUGUUGCAGAAAUCACGUCUCCCACUAUCGUCGAUUAUGACCUUCUGUCGGACUUCUUUCUUACAUUUCGAUCAUUUCUGGAGACCACGGACCUGUUGCUCAUGCUCAUCGCCAGACUACAAUGGGCAGUUGCAAGGAAAGAUGAGAUUGGUACGGUGGUCAGGGUUAGAACUUUCGUUGCAAUCCGUCAUUGGGUCUUGAAUUACUUUUUGGAUGAUUAUGUCAUUGACUACGAGUUGAGAGUGCUGUUUUGUGAACAGCUCAAUGCAUUUGCAAAAACACUUCUGGAAGGCGAGAUGCACUCCAAGGUUCCUUUGAAGAUAAUAGAGGAGCUAAAGAAGUGUUGGCGGAGAGUAUGUGCAUUAUAUUGGGAUGGCCCUGACUUCGACCCAGAUCUUGGGGUUGAGGUUCCCAUUGCUGCUGGAGGAGUCGCUGGUUCUCGAGAUCCUACUUUGGACCCAGCGUUUUGGGAAACCCGCCCAGCGGGCCCUCCACGUCUUGAUGGGAUUAUCGAGCCCGACUUCAUAGAGAAUGACACUUCAAUGGAUGAAGGUCGAAACUUUUUCGCUGAUGUCUCUCGCGCAGGUCACAUUGACUAUCCCGUAGCCUAUAAUCCCACCCCUCCGAAUAUCAGGAAAGACGACAACGAUGAUAUGGAACGACCUCUAUCUCCCACGAGUAUAGCGAGUGAAGACUUCGUAUCAUGCUCAUUUCCCAGUCGAACGAGAGGUGGCGGGACAAUAAAUACCCUAGGGGUGCAUCCAGUCACUACCAGCUCUAUAUACGAUCCUGCUCCCCCUAUUGCAACCACUCCUAAAACCCUUACUGGCAAACGGGUCCGCCCCUCGCAUUCACACAAGCGCAGUGGAAGCUUCUCUGACUCAUUGCGAGAUCGCCAGGCACAAACCGAACCUGCACUACCUGCACCACCUGUACAAAAGGUUAUCUACAAGAGCACGGAGCUAUUUCUUGCUUUGCCUUAUGCUGGAAGUUUAGUGAGAGGUAAUCUUUUCCCUCCCGGACAAGCUUUUGUCGAUGUUCUCGCCCCAAGCACUCCAGCAGAAUUCGGUCGAGAAACUACCUUGUUCCCUAGACCACCUCCUAAUCACAAAGGUCCCUCGGCGAUGUCAGGACCUGGAAUGAAAAGACUUUUAGGCAGCGUACGUCGUGCAUUAAGUACCAGAGCAGGUCACAGCCCUACCGGCUCUCCAACCCAAGGCAGUUUCCCCAACAUUCCCCCUUUAGGUGUUCGGGGAGCAACCAUAAAUCGACUUCCUGGUACCGCUAUAGUCCCACAAGCUCGAAGGCACGACUCAAUUCGUGGACCAAUGAGGAUUGACCUUCUUGGUGCUGAAGUUGCCGAAGAUUUCAAGAAGGCGGUUCGAGAGGAAGAGGAAGCUGAUGAGGCCCGUAAAUCUCGUAUAGUUGACCAACAGUCACCACCAAGAAGUAGCCAUCGCGAAUCUGCCAUCCACUACUCGACUAUGUGCCCUGAUGUAACCUUAGAGAACUCGAGUCCUAUAACUUACAGGUCACCCAAGAGCGAAGUCACAAAUGGAAGUAAGAGUAUUGUAAUUGUUAAUGAUGGCAUGGCGUUGCCAUUGCCUAUGAUGACCGGCGCAUUGGCUGUGAGUCCAUCUGUCGGCUCUUUCGCCGAUGCUUUCUUACACCCAUCACAUGGACCUACACCACCAACAACGCCGCCAGGCAUUCCCUUCGCAGGAAUUCCAAGACGAUCAUCACAUAUAUUAGGACAUACUGUGAAUCGUAGCUUAUCAUUAGAAGGUCUCCCUUCACUGGUUGGUGACUCACGGCUCUCACGAGAAUAUGACCACCCUCUAGGACCCCUACCACUUCCAACGCAUUCAAUGAGACUUCACAGUCAGACUUAUCGUGUCAGAAAAUCCGUAUCACUACGUCGUUAUGCAUCCUUCCAUAGUGGUUUCACUCAGCAUCACAGGAGUGAACGAAGCUUCGAUGCCACUACAUUUACGGAAGAACGAUCAAUUGCGGAGAGCUUUUCCCGGCAUACGCCAAUUCCGCUGCCACUUCGAGUACUCCGAAGACGACCAGGUGGAGAUUUGAGGGCUGUGGGUAACGUUGGAGAUCUCAAUAGUGCUGUCCCUCGACCAAUGUCAACUGGCUCCAUGACGACGUAUUCCGAUUCUGUACGAAGCUCAUACCUUCUUGGUAGUGGGGAUAAUAGCCGAUACGUUGAUGUAGUUAAUAGUGAUUAUGAUGACACUCAAGCCCAUGUCGAGACAUUCUCGCUAGGAGCACUAGCUGAGGUUGCACCCAAAGCCCGCAUCUCUCUCUUCGACACCCGUUCAUCUCAACCUGUCAUGCGCCCGUCGUUCGAGAAAGAAGCACAGAUGCUUGCUCGCAUUCCAGAUGACAUUGAUGACGAUGGCGGGGUGGAGUCUGCACUUUUGAAACUCGAAGGAAAAUUUGAACAAAGACGCUCCGAAACCUCGGGCGGUGAAUUAUCUCGGAGGUUCGACAAUGAGGGAAAUACCAAUAGUUUUGGUGGCAGCCCAUACGAUGUUAGUACACUCACCUUGGAUGACGACGAGGAAGAAAGGCGUAGACACCGACAACGAAAGGUCGUGGAUUCGAGCAUUUUCAAUCCGACGCCAGUUACAUAUCAGCCACAGCAAGCUUCAACCAGUGCAGAGCGUAGACCUGCUGCAUACCAACCAACGGGCAUGCCAAGGAAGUCGUCAGUACCAAGAUCAAGUGGACUUACAGAUUCAUUUAUUGAAGCUUCUUUCCUGGAUGAUGCAUUUAGCGAGGGUGAGAGUUAUCAGAGGCACACACGCAAUUGGUCAGAACGCUCAAUUCUUGAAGAUCCUAGUGAAGGGCACCAAAGGACUAUGGACAACACUCCACAUUCUUCUCACACCGGAUCUUUCGAUUUUGUAAUCGAAACGGAAAGCUUGCGAAGAUUGCGUCCUGGCGCAACGGAACCUGUUCGCAAGAGUGGCAAUCAUUCAUUCCUCAACAUUGACAGCGAUCUUUCUUCCGAAAUGUCUUUUAUAUCGAAAGCUGACUCUACCGAGGAUAUGUCGAACAUGGCUGCACAAACGUUUUUUCCUCUAGGACCGGGACCAGUGAUGAAGGAAGUUCCUCACCCAUCCAAGUCAGCACGUCAUCCUCCUUCACCUCCGAUAACUAUGGUGCAAGCAUUGAAUAUGUCUCCACAAACUACGAACAUCCCUCAGGUCCAUGAUUACCAACUUGAACAGGGACACCGGUUACCGCCCACUCCAGACAUCACACCCACUACUGCCCUUGCUUCAAAUGGAUUCGGCAGAGAUGUCUUGCGAUCGGAUGGUAUUAGUGAAGCUUCUCGUAAAACUUCUGUCCAUCUGCCCUUCAUUCUUGCAUUCGAUUCGCGAGUCCUUGCUCAACAGUUUACUCUCAUUGAAAAGGAUGCCUUGAAUGAAAUUGAUUGGAAGGAUCUUAUCGAAAUGCGCUGGAAAGAUGCUGCUACAGAUACCCGAUCUUGGGUUGAGUUCCUGCGCUCCUCGGAACCUCGAGGAGUAGAGGUUGUGAUCGCACGGUUCAAUAUAAUGGUUAAAUGGGCUGUAUCUGAAAUCGUCCUAACUGGCGAUCUAGAAGAACGAGUUCGAUGCAUCAUCAAGUACAUCCACAUUGCCGUUCACUGUCGUAAGUAUCGAAACUUUGCUACCAUGACACAACUCGCCGUAGCUCUGACUUCGAAGGAUAUCUCCCGGCUUACAUCGACUUGGGCCCACAUUCCGGCAUCCGACAUACAGUCACUCAGCGAACUGGAGGGGCUUGUAACCCCGACAAGCAAUUUCCACAACUUGAGAGCUGAGAUGGAAGGCUCCGGUGCAGACCAAGGCUGUAUUCCGUUUGUCGGAAUCUAUACCCAUGACCUUAUCGUCAAUUCUGAGCGCCCAAGCCAGUUUGCAAGUACGCCAACAACGGAACCUUUAGUGAAUUUUGAGAGGUGUCGAUGUGAUUCAACGAUCAUAAAGAAUCUCCUCAGGUUACUCGAGGCUAGUCAAUUGUACAGAUUCCUUCCGAUUGAAGGCAUCACCGAAAGGUGUUUGUGGAUGGCAGCAUUACGAGACGAAGACAUCGCGAAACCAGCUCACUAUGAAUCAACCGUUCAUGCGGACUCACCUGGUCACUCGGAUGACCCAAUCUACAAAACUUUCAAUCAAGUUUUGAAUUCAUCAGUUGAUGGAUAA